UUGCAGAAAAGUGUUUGAUCUUAUCUCUAAAAUCGCGACUUGUUUUCGCAUCUUUUAACGGCGAAUUUCGCUUCAUUUCUCUACCAAAAACGUUCCUUUGAUGUUGACAUGGAUGCUGCAAAUAUGUUUGAGAAGCCUUCUCUUGAAAGACAAGAAACAGUUAACAUUACCAUACCAACUGGAAUACUCAGUGAAGUCAACACCUUUUCUCAUGGUGAAACUGCCAGUCCUGAUGAUGAUAAUGAUGAAAGCAAUGAUGCUGAUUACAAACACGAUGAUAUGAUUCAGGGAUCAUGCUUUUUGGAUUCAGCAAGUAGCRCUGAAUUACAKUCCAACAAGAAAAUAAACCCAGAUGAACAGGCAAACAUCAUUGAUAAAGAUACAACUAAGUCUAAUGCUGAAAGUUUGUUGACAUUCAACUCUUUUAACAUACAAAACGACUCCCAAAAAGAAAGGCAAAGAUCGGAAGACUGCACAAUGAAGAUGGAAGUCUCAACAUCUCAAAUASAUUCAUCUGAUAACAACCAAAAAUUUYCCAAUUUAGAGACAAGCUCUGCUCUUCCAAACAGAAAUAUUAAAGUUCCAACUUACACAAUCAACAACACAAGAAUUGUAUUGGUUCCUGAUCUAUACAGUGUUGUCCGAGAAGCMUGCGGUACGUGCUCCCCCCUGCGUGGAAUUGUCAACCGGCURAGUAUAAUCCCAAGACGUUUUGACCCGUUCCAAAUGCUACGCCUGAAGCACGUCGGAGCCGUGAACCUCGAGGUAAAAUGCUGUUCCUACAUUCUUCUACAAGAAUUCUUUCAAGUCGUUUCACGAUACAAAAAUAAGAUUAUAACUCCAGACAUGCUAAAUGUCCURCCYGCGAUAGACAUAUCGUCUUCGACUGAACCAGUUGACAAAUCUCCUGCUCAACCGAGAUUGARUCAAAAGGUCUUGWCAUCUCAUUGUGACGCUAUUCACACGUUCAUCGUGAARGAAGAAGUUGUUGUAUGCGCAGUUGAACUUCAACAAGUGUUCGAGUCGGUGUUUGGCAGCGUUUUAUCGAUGUCUUUAGCUAAAUUAGGUAUUCGCCAAAGUAAAUUYACACCACUACAACUGGACGAAGUCAUGGAUUUUGUGGACGUUGACGAGUCUAACAUGGCAGCYGCGGGUUUCUAUAUGACAAAGAAAGACGCUGAAAGARUUUUUCAGUACACAGAAGCUCUUUUCAACGUUGACCAACUUGAUAUAAAAUGGCUGGAUCCCUUAAGACUCUCUGAUGGCCAAGCCAGUCAGAGAGAACAAGAAAGACAUCAGCUCGUGCAAGAAAGAAUGAAGGAAGAAAAUCCUCGUGCCACCGCCUCUCAGUCAUUGUUGUCAGUAUCUUCUUCAGAAACCAGCGAAACAUCCAAAUCAGAUCUUGAACCAARAUCUUGUUUCAGAAAGGAGGAAUUUCAUUUGGGAAACGAGGCAGAUGAGGUAGACCACGGUAUUGAGAAGGAAAUCARAUUAGUCCGCAAUGAACUUUGUUCAAAUGUUAGCAGCACCUCGGACAGCGUUCCUGGAAAAGGCUCCCUGGUCAGUGAGGUAACGUCAGAGCARGGACCUUCCAAAGGACAGCCUCCGGAGCUGAAGCCUACAGUACAACUACAACCAGGUAAGAACCAGAUCCUGGAGUCUGAAGAACGAAAACAAAGUAAUCAGUCUUCGCAAUAUGAUGGAGAACCCMMAAAAGAGCCUUCUGUUGAUUACUUCGAUGGUGGAGAAACCCAACACUCUCUUGAUUUGACGMCUUUGGAAGAUCACGAAACCGAUGUUUUGUCGYCAGCCGGAAGCGAUGGAUCCAUGUUCUCGGACACUGAAUCGUGCUCUUCGAUUUGCACCUACUUGAUCGAUGGCGAUGAAGUUGUUUGUAUUCCAGAUAUCCAUAAAAUCGUCAUCCAUUUAUACGGCCAGAGCGUCCAAGUAGGUUAUUAUCUUCAGAGACUACAAAUCCCCACCCAGAGAUUCUCGACUAUCCACGUUAAAAGACUCAAAGCCUUGCACGCAUUGAACUCUAAGGCUACACUUUGUACUUAUAUAYUCAAGUCAGAUGCUUUACGGCUGUUCAAGAUGUAUGAUGUGUUUUGCACUGAUAGUAAGCUGCAGAACAUACAGUGGAAUGGCCCUGUUUCUCUUGAAGCUCUUCAUACUUCUCAAUUACCAAAUGAUGAAGUCAUGACAACAUCACAAGAUAAUCUCAUUUCGCAACAAGAGCCCAUCGAAGUAGUGAAAAUUCCCACUUUUCUGAUUGACGGAGAGAUUGUGGUGUCUGUUCCUGAUGCCCACAAGGUUGUACAAGUAUUGAAUGGGCAAAGUGUUCAAGUUCGCUACAAUAUGGAUAAAUUAGGGAUCGUAAAGCGGCGAUAUUCGUACUCACAGGUGUAUCAGCUGCGCGCCAUCAGCGACCUGAAGCGUCCAAGUAUGUGCACAUUUAUCACCAAAAACGACGCUGAUAAACUACUAGAUCAUUAUCUCACAGCCGAGAAUGCUUCUCGCUUGAAGUACAUCCAUUGGAUGCCCCCAGUGCAGUUGGAAGAACGGAAGUCAACAAGCGCCCUUCUUCUUGAAAUUAAAAAUCUAGAAGAUGAUGGAAAACAACAGUCUGAAACRAGCUGCCUCGUCGGAAAUAGCCAAUCACAGAUGGUUAGCUCUGGAGAAGUUACAUUCAGCAGCUUUUCAGGACCAUCAAAUAGCAGUGAUGAACUGAAUCAUCAUUCACACGAGGACCGAGUCAAAGAUUUUAGUGGAYCGGUAACUAGUGUCCAAUCCCGUUGCACCAUUACCAUGGUAUCGUCGAGUAAUGAAAKCCCCUGUGWUGUURCCAUGGCUGAGAACAACGGUGUUCCUUGUGGACCUUCYAUGACGUCGAGUAGUCGAAUCCCCUGUAGCGUUGCCAUGGAGACGUCUAGCGAUAAAGGAAGAACAUCGGGGAGCUUCGAACGCUGCGAAAUCGGGAAAAAAAGAGCGUAUGAUACGAUAAAGGAUAAGUUUAGUGUCCUGGUUGAGCUACAGCAAAUUAAAGAUGAGAAGAACGACAUCGCUGCUACUCUAGAAAGAAAAGAGACUGAAAUGAAAAUAUUACACGAUGCCUAUCAACAACAAGUUGCUCAUGAAAGGAAAAAGCGUUUAGAAGCAGAAAAAGAGAUAGAAGAAUUAAAAGCUUCAAAUGCAGAGUUGUGUAAAAAUCUUCAAAGAAAGGAAUCAGAAAUGAAGAUUUUACACGAUUCCUAUCAAUAUCAAAUGAGAAAAGAACGAGAAAAACGWCAAGAGUUGGAAAAUGAUUUGAUAGACUUGAGAGGGUCCGUUGCGUUUGCAAGCGGAGUUGCUAUCCAUGAUCCAAAGAUCAAACAAGAAAACUUUUCUGAUCCAUUAUAAAAGUUUCCAGGUCGACCAACGCCAUCCCCAYCCCCCUCCCCACAUAUCMACRCCCUACUCUGUUACCCAAGGGCGCCAUUGAUCAAGGUGAAUC